CCCCACCUCACGAGUCUGGCUUUCACUCUGAUCAGAUCGAUACAACCGCCAACGAUACCCAUAAUCGCACUGCAAUUCACACAAUUACCAAGUCACAAAUACCUCCCUGUUCACCUCUUCUACAGCUCAAUCUACGAUAUUGAGCUGCCCUAUACAAAUUACCGUCUUUCCCCCCCUUUGGCAAGUUAUUGCUUCGUGUACAUUUCCUCUCCUGCGAAAAAAAUCAACAAAACCAUGCUCCACACCCUAGCUCUACCUUUCCACAAGCUCAAAAUCCCGCCCGGGGCCUCCUUCGCAGGGCAGACCGUCCUCUGCACCGGAUCCAACACCGGUGUGGGUCGCGAAGCGUGCCGCCAUGCACUCCAACUCGGGGCGUCCAAAGUGAUCAUGGGGGUGAGGACGGUGUCCAAGGGUGAAGAAGCCAAACGAGACAUCUUGGCGAGCACCACAAGGACAACAGCCGGCAAAGAAGACGACGCCACCGUCGAGGUUUGGCCGCUCGACAUGGAAUCGUUCGAGAGCGUCAAGUCCUUUGCACGUCGGUUAGAGCAGCACGUCGGCGCAGGUGGCCGUCUGGACGUGGCCAUCCUCAACGCCGGCAUGGCCACGGGGAAAUGGGCGACGACACCCGACGGUUGGGAGAAGACAUUACAAGUCAAUAAUCUGUCGACGGCGUUGUUGAGUCUCAAACUUGUCCCGCUGCUCGAGCGGGCCAGUGCCAAUGCCCAAAACCGGGACUGCAAUCCUCACUUGGUCAUCGUGGCCAGCGACAUCCACCUCAUGCUCAACUACAAAACCAGUUUCCAGGAACGCCUCGCGGAAAACGUUUUACAGGCUCUCAACGACAAACGAGGCUUCGAAAAGGGCCAGGCCGCAAACCCGGCGGAGCGGUACGCCGUGAGCAAGUUGUUGGACAUAUACAUUGCCAUCGAAGUCGCUCGUGUGGCGGAGGCAGCGUCGCCUUCGACAAACACCUCACAAACCAAGCAGGUGGUGGUCAACUAUGUCACGCCCGGGUUCUGCAAGUCUGAUCUCGUCUCGCCCGCGAGAGGUGAAAAGGCGCCCCUGAUGUUGCGGAUCAUGCAGUGGCUGUUGGCUCGGAACGUCGUCGAAGGGUCCGUCGCGUACAUCGACGCCGCGCUCAAGGGUCCAGAGUCUCACGGGAAGUUUCUUGAGAACCAAGUGAUUGCCGAUCCCGGACCCAUGGUGACUGGUGACGAAGGCAUCAGAACAAGACAAAAGUUAUGGGGAGAGAUUGUAGAGGUUCUCAAGAAGGUCGACCCAGAGCUUGUGGUAUAG